UGGGGCACGUAAACAGUGUAAAAAACCUUUAAGGACCGAUUACUAUUUGGUAGUUUUGGUAACUGGUUUCUUAAAAAAAAGUAGGGCAUACGCGAAACUCACGUGCUAAAAAGAAUUAGUAUUCUUGGAUAAAAAUGCUCUCGGUAAACGAAAAAUCGAAAGAAAAAGAUGAAGCAAAAAAAAAAAUCUUCAAUUAAGAAGAAAAUAUGGUUUUCUUUAGUUAGCUGCUUUAAUUAAACCUAGCAUCAAUUAUAUCUUAAUCUAAAGUAUUAGUAUUCGUAGUUUAUUCAACAAAAUAAUUGUAUUUCUAUAGUAUUUCAAUUAUUUAAAAUCUUAUAUAUUAGAUAUAAAUUAGAGAGAAAAAAACAAAAUACUAUACUUCAAUUGUCUCUCGACGAUUUCACACCUUCUUUUCACACCCACCUUAUAGAUUAUAUUAAAAUCUCGCUUUCUCUCCUUCCUCUCUAUCUUCUUCUCCUAUUUUUCCAAAGAACCCCUUCUUCAUUUAUAAAGAACCCACAAAAAGUAUUUCAUUCUCCAUACGUCACAAAGACUUCGAUCCCAAAUAAUGGACCGACGUAACCCUUUCCAUCAUCACGACCAUGAACUUUACCACUUGAUCCAACAGCAACAGCUCCCUCUACCGCCGCAGAGUACGACGGCUGCGAUGGAUUCCAGUGGCGGAGGAGGUGAGAGAAUCCCUCAGUGGAGCAUAGAGGAGACAAAGGAGCUUUUGGGUAUAAGAGAAGAUCUCGAUCAGACUUUCAUGGAGACCAAACGUAAUAAGCUACUUUGGGAAGUCGUCGCCGCUAAAAUGGCCGACAAGGGUUUUGCCCGAAGCGCAGAACAGUGUAAGAGCAAGUGGAAGAACCUCGUCACUAGAUACAAGGCGUGUGAAACGACUGAACCAGAAGCUAUUAGGCAGCAGUUCCCAUUCUACAGCGAGAUCCAAUCGAUUUUCACAGCAAGAAUGCAAAGAAAUUUGUGGUCAGAGGCCACAGAAGGAAGCACUUCUUCGAAGAGAAAACACCAUCAGUUUUCAUCUGACGAAGAGGAAGAAGAUCAAGUUGAGGAGCCAAAUCAAGACAUCAACGAGGAACUAUUGUCUUUCAUCGAGACAGACAAGAAAAAGGCAGAAGUGAUUACUACUAGUACUUCUACUGAUCCAAGAAAACGUGUGAAAAAAGGAAAAGGUAUAUUUACAGGUAGUACCAAAGCUGAAACCGCGGGUAGUACAUUUAAAGAAAUAUUGGAGGACUUUCUGAGGCAAACGGUGAAGAUGGAGAAAGAAUGGAUAGAUGCAUGGGAGAUGAAGGAGAGAGAGAGGGAGAAGAGAGAGAACGAAUGGCGGAGGAGAAUGGCUGAUCUAGAGGAGGAGAGAGCUGCUGCGGAGAAGAGGUGGAUGGAGAGAGAGGAUGAGAGACGGUUGAGAGAAGAAGCUAGGGGUCGGAAGAGAGAUACACUCAUUGAUGCUUUGCUUAAUAAGCUUAAUAGAGAUCACAAUGAUGAUCAUUAUCAAGGCUUUUAAAUAUUGUUUUCUAGCUAUUUGAUUUAAGCAUGGGAUCACGUAGCUAGUUCUUUAGUAACUUAAAUCUCAUUUUAUUAA